UUCGCAUACGGCUUAUCUAAAGCCCUAGAAAAGCAAUGUGCUGUGCGCGAUAGCGAAGAGCUGCGCGGCGUCGUGCGAUCCGAGGUAAGCGCGCUGUGGAGCUGGAAUCUAUGGCGGCGGAGAUGCUAGCUCCGAGAUUUCGAGGUAUCGAUGCGCCUGCAUUCUCGGAUUUCACCGAGAACCGGCUCAAGCACGCAGCGGCGGGGUGUAGGGAUUGGAAUGGUCGUCGAUCGCACAGAGGGCUUGCUGUGAGAGCCAGCGGUAGCGGCGCCUGGCAUUGGAAUCCAUCGCAAUAUCGCCACGCGAGGAAGAAAUGGGAGGCCCGAUCUGCGGAACAGGAGGUCGAGUCACUGCCAUUCAUCGAAUGGUCCAAGAAAGGCAAUGUUUGCAAGGGGAAGAAGAGGACAGACCUCAAGAAGAUUCUCAUCCUUGGCGCUGGUCCCAUUGUCAUUGGUCAGGCUUGCGAGUUUGACUACUCUGGGACUCAGGCAUGCAAGGCCUUGAAAGAAGAAGGCUACGAAGUGGUGCUUAUCAACUCCAACCCCGCUACGAUCAUGACGGAUCCGGAUCUCGCGGACCGGACUUACAUCGCUCCCAUGACUCCGGAGCUCGUGGAGCAAGUCAUCGCGAAGGAGAGGCCGGAUGCGGUCUUGCCGACGAUGGGCGGACAGACGGCUUUGAAUCUGGCGGUUGCUCUGGCGGAGAGUGGAGCUCUGGACAAGUAUGGAGUGGAGCUCAUCGGUGCCAAGCUCGAUGCGAUCAAAAAGGCCGAGGACAGGGAUCUCUUCCGGCAAGCCAUGCAGAAGAUUGGAGUGAAGACGCCACCUUCGGGUAUCGCCACCACUCUGGAGGAGUGCUUCCAGAUAGCCGAGACGAUUGGGGAGUUUCCUUUGAUCAUCCGCCCUGCGUUUACUCUUGGAGGCACUGGGGGAGGGAUUGCGUACAACAGGGAGGAGCUCGAAACUAUCUGUAAGUCUGGAUUGACCGCAAGCAUCACUUCGCAGGUCUUGGUUGAGAAGUCCUUGCUGGGCUGGAAGGAAUACGAACUAGAAGUGAUGAGGGACCUCGCUGACAACGUUGUCAUCAUCUGCUCGAUCGAGAACAUCGAUCCCAUGGGUGUUCACACUGGGGACUCCAUCACUGUAGCUCCAGCGCAGACAUUGACAGAUAAAGAGUAUCAGAGGCUGCGGGACCAGGCUAUAGCAAUCAUCCGAGAGAUUGGAGUUGAAUGCGGUGGCUCCAACGUGCAGUUUGCUAUAAAUCCCGAGGAUGGAGAGGUGAUGAUUAUCGAGAUGAAUCCCCGUGUCUCGAGGUCGUCUGCUCUGGCUUCAAAGGCAACUGGUUUUCCUAUCGCUAAAAUGGCAGCCAAGCUGUCGGUGGGCUACACUCUGGACCAGAUUCCCAACGACAUCACCAGGAAGACGCCUGCUAGUUUUGAGCCAUCCAUUGACUACGUGGUGACAAAGAUUCCACGUUUCGCUUUUGAAAAGUUUCCGGGCUCCCAGGCCAUACUUACCACUCAAAUGAAGUCUGUUGGUGAGGCCAUGGCGAUUGGGCGGACGUUCCAGGAAUCGUUCCAGAAAGCCGUGCGUUCUCUAGAAACCGGUCACUCGGGAUGGGGUUGCGAAGAUAGCAAAGAGCUCAAGUGGGAUAUUGAGGAGCUGAAGUAUAAGUUGCGAGUACCCAACCCGGACAGGAUGUAUGCCGUCUACGCAGCUAUGAAGAGAGGAAUGAGCGCGGAAGAAAUUCACGAGCUCACUUUUAUCGAUCCGUGGUUCCUGGGAGAGCUCAAGGAGUUGUUUGGGGUGGAGGAGUUUCUGUCCAACACAAAACUGACAGAGCUGAGUAAGGACGACAUGUACGAGAUUAAGCGACGGGGUUUCAGCGAUAGACAAGUUGCUUAUGCGACCAAAAGCGCCGAAGCGGAGGUUCGAGCUCAUAGGAUCGCUCUCGGAGUGGUGCCAGCAUUUAAGCGUGUGGACACUUGUGCUGCAGAGUUCGAAGCCAAGACACCUUACAUGUACUCAUCCUACGACGAUGAGUGCGAGGCUAACUCGGGCAGCAAGAGAAAGGUAUUGAUCCUUGGCGGCGGUCCCAAUCGCAUCGGACAAGGCAUUGAAUUCGACUACUGCUGCUGCCAUGCGUCCUUUGUGCUCCGGGAAGCGGGAUUCGAGACAAUAAUGAUGAACUCAAAUCCGGAAACCGUGUCAACGGACUACGAUACGAGCGAUCGUCUGUAUUUCGAACCACUAACAACAGAGGACGUUCUAAAUAUCAUUGAUCUGGAGAAGCCGGACGGAAUUAUUGUCCAGUUUGGUGGACAGACGCCUCUGAAGCUGGCUGUGCCUAUACAGAACUAUCUGGACGACUUCAAACCGUUGUCAGCCAGUGGUGACGGCUACGUGAAGAUAUGGGGGACGUCUCCAGAUUCUAUUGACGCGUCCGAGGACAGGAAGAGGUUCGAGAGCAUACUAAACCAGCUCGGGAUCAAGCAGCCUCCGGGUGGCAUCGCUCGUAGUGAAGAAGACGCACUGGCUAUUGCAAAGAGAGUUGGCUUCCCGGUCGUUGUGCGUCCAUCCUAUGUUCUUGGUGGACGGGCCAUGGAGAUCGUUUACAGCAACGACAAGCUCAAGAAGUACCUGGAGACUGCGGUCGAAGUCGAUCCGGGCAGACCAGUGCUGGUGGACAAGUAUCUCACAGACUCCUCCGAGAUCGAUGUGGACUGCCUGGCGGAUGGAAACGGGGGCGUGGUUAUAGGAGGGAUCAUGGAGCACAUCGAGCAAGCUGGAGUCCAUUCCGGGGACUCUGCUUGCUCGAUUCCGACGCAAACCAUUCCAGCGGUUGCUUUAGCGACGAUACGGGACGCCACCACCAAGCUUGCCAAGAAGCUCAACGUUUGCGGGCUGAUGAACUGCCAGUUUGCCAUCACGCAGUCUGGAGAAGUUUACAUCAUUGAGGCGAAUCCACGAGCGUCACGAACCGUGCCGUUUGUUUCCAAGGCGAUUGGACAUCCGCUGGCCAAGUACGCUGCUCUGGUCAUGUCCGGGAAGAGCUUGGGCGAUCUCGGCUUCAGCCAGGAAGUGAUACCGGCGCACGUCUCCGUGAAAGAGGCGGUGCUUCCCUUCGACAAGUUCCAGGGCUGCGACGUUCUACUCGGCCCGGAGAUGAGAAGCACGGGUGAAGUCAUGGGAAUCGACUACAGCUUCGACAAGGCAUUUGGAAAGUCGCAGAUCGCCGCCAACCAGAAGCUCCCGCUGCAAGGCACGGUGUUCAUCAGCUUGAACGACCAGACCAAGGCCCAGGCGGUCCCAAUCGCGCGAGGCUUCCACGCGCUGGGAUUCAACAUCGUGUCGACGAGCGGCACCGCAAAGUUUCUCGAGGAGCAGGGGAUCCCGGUGGAGCGAGUGCUGAAGCUGCACGAAGGGAGGCCUCACGCGGGCGAUCUGGUGGCGAAUGGACAGAUCCAGCUGAUGAUCAUCACGAGCUCGGGUGACGCUCUGGACGAGAAGGAUGGGAGGCAGCUGAGGAGAUCGGCGCUGGCGUACAAGGUUCCAAUCGUCACCACCAUCGCGGGUGGACUGGCGAACCUCCAGGCGGUGAAGAGCUUGAAGGAGUGUCCCGUGGAGAUGCUGGCCCUCCAGGACUUUUUCAAGGCGGACAAGGUGGUAGCCGAGAUUGCGAGUGUGGUGGUGUGAAAAAAAAAAGAUGCGUGCUCCUCUCCUCGAGUGUUUUUGUGUGAUGUUUCAUCAAUAAACGAGGCUUGCGACUGAUACCACCAAA